GGGCCGGAGAGGCGGGGCGGUUGCCUGGAGACGCCAGGCACACAAUGGGGCUGGAGGUGUGUUGCGUUGUGUGAUGUGUGUCUUGUGGGUCAGUCAUUGCCAGGCUGGGGCUGCUCUUGCAGGCUUCCCCUCGGUCCGCUGCUGUCCAGGACUUCUUGGGGCCCUGCGCAGGAGCCCUCCUCGGGCGGCAUGAAAAGUGGGGUCGGCAGGAGGCCAGCUCAGCCCUCGGAGGACUUUUCCCGGACGCUCAGCCCCAGCCUUUCCUCCCUCCAAGGAGCCCCGGAGCUGGGUUCGAGUUCUCCCCCGCUGCGCCUCCGGAGAUCCAGCCAGGUCUCUUUUCAGAGUUCACGGGAAAAUAGCGGUAAGCGUCGGCCAUGUCUGCAGAUGUCUGGGUGGGAUCCUGGCGCCCUCACCGCCCGCGAGGGCCAAUCGCAGCCCUCUACAGCAGCCCUGGGCCAAAAUAUGGACUCCCAACGAAUGUCGGGUACCAGCGCCAUGAUCCUUCUCGCUUCCGCGCCCCCGCAUUCAGCUUCGGCAUCCGACGGCUCCAGGAGCCAUUAAGCGUUUCUCCUGGGCCUGGCUACCUGGUCCCAGCCAACAUGACCAUGAGAGGCAAAGACGCCAUCCCUGCCUUCUCCAUUUAUGGACGCCCCAGAGACAUCAUGCCAUUUAUGACUCCGGGGCCAGGUCGCUACUUCCCAGAGAAAGCUGGGAAGUUGGCCUACCCCUCUGCCCCCAACUACUCCCUUGCUUCCCGGACAAAGGACUUUGAGAACGACCAGACGCCAGGGCCUGCUGCCUAUGGGCUCCCUCCCAUGCUGGGGCCCAAGGUGGUCAACAAGGCCUCCGCUCCCAAUUACUCCAUUUUCGGCCGCAGCACCAUUGGCAGCUUCUACGAGGAUCUCAGCAAGACUCCAGGGCCUUGCAAUUACCGUGUGGUGGAUCCUGGUGUCUACAAGCACCGUCCGCCACAUUACAGCAUGCUGGCUCGCAACAUGCCACCCGGUGACACCACUCUGAAGCCGGGGCCAGGAGCCUACAGCCCUGAGAAGUAUACCCAGCAGCGUGGCUUGACCUUCGGGAUCCGCCACUCAGACUAUGUGGCUCCUCUCAUUGUGGACGUGGCCGAAUAAGUCGGCCCAAUCGACAGGAACAGGCUGGACAAGAAAUGUUCAUUUGGGAAUACUCACAGUGCUUUGUGCUUUGUGACCUUGCCGUGGCGGAGGGUGGGCAGAGGAGGGUGGGCUGGAAGCAUCAAAGGUGUGAGUGGUUCAUCUCAGCUGGGGGUGAAUUGGGGGGGCCGGGUCCCCUGGGAUGCAAAGUCCAGCCCCUCAAGUCCUUUGCAAGACGCAGCAUCCUUUAGAGGAGAGGACAUUGUAGCACUGUUGGUUCUCUCUGCCCCUAGUUUCUUUGGCUAAAUUAUUCUGGGAUGUAACCCUAUUUAUCCUAAAGGCAUUGUUAGAUCCCAUCUGAUCUUGGAAACUAAGCCAGGUCAGCCCUGGUUAGUACUUGGAGGGGAGACCACCAGCAAAUACCAGGUGUUGUAGGCUGUAUUUCAGAGGAAGGAACUGGCAAAACCAUCUCUGAAGAUUCCUUGACUGAGAAAACCUUAUGAAAUUUAUGGGGCCACCAUAAGCCAACAUGCAAAUUGAAGGCACACACACAUAUAAAUAACCUAUAGAUGAGAUGGAGGUCAAGGAGACAAGAGUUUCCUAUGCCACAACCCCAAUGAGCAUUUUAUGCACUCUGUGCUUCAAAUGCAAAUAAAAAUUCUGCACCCCCAAAAUGCUGAAUUCUGUAUAAACUAAACAAACCAAGAAAACAUGCAGAUCAAUUCUAAGUCGCAUGACGUAUUCAGUCUGGAUGCUGAAUUUUGAUUAUAGAGUGUACAAAAUCCAAACGUCCCACCUGGUGAUCUCUGAAAAUCUUGGAGUCUACCUAGAUGUAAAAGGGAAUGUGCAUGUAUUCUGAUUAACCCAUUUCCCCCUUCCACAGUGGGACUUCCUCAGAGAUACAUGCCCAAGCAAACAGAUUUGUAAACUAAGCCCAUGUUUACCUUCCCAUGACCGAUCACAAAAAGAAAGCAUGCUAAAUGCAAGAUGCAACAGCAUGUGUUAUUACAAACAGACAUCUUUCUCCACUUGAGGGAGCACUUUUGCCAAAAAUAUGAGAAAACUAUCUUCUGGUUUUAUUCCAAUCCCGCCAGCUCUAUCUGUUUUGCUCAGAUGUUUUCCAGCACAUCUUUACAACAAAGCUGACUGGAAGCUUGACAUUUUGCAAAUGGAAAAAUAUGGUUCUUUGGAAGCUGAACUCUGUGACUGCAGUUUGCACUUUCUAACAGUGUGGAAUUGCAGCUUCUAUAUUACUGUUACUAUUGUGUCAUUAAUUCUGCAUAUAUAUGUGGCAAUAACCACAGAACAAGGAGGAACUCGUAUUUGGUUCAGCUUCCUGCAUUAAGGCAUUUGGACCCAACCGACUCUGCUAGACAUUGGCAAACCUUUUCUUAAGAGCCGGCAACAAAGGAAAUUUCUCAACCAGCAGAAAUUUGUGCUCCAUUGUUGAUGCAUCCUUUUAGAAGAUGAGUUCUUUUAAUAUCUAAGUCUAAAUCUAUCUUCUGAUUAUUUACUGAUGGAGGCUGAUGCAUUUGCUCUGGAGAAAGGUAGGUGCAGGGAAGGAAGAGGAGGAAUGAGGACAAUGCCCCCAAAUAAGCAUUCUGACACCCCCCCUUGAAAGUUCUCCAAAUGACAUAGUAAAAUGAUGUUCCUUAUAUAAAAUGGCAAAAUCAAGGUUUGUUUUUUGGAAUUUAUAUACGCUUGCCCCUUGGAAUUUGUGGGAGAUCUGUUCCGGACCCCCUCCCCGCGAGUUCCAAAAUUUGUGCAUAUUCAAGCACCAUAGGCUUGAAUGGGGCACUGCAUGUGGGGUGCGCGUGCGCACCCUAUUGGGGUUAAUGACAGCCACCCGUCCGCAGAUUUUCAAGUCCGUAGAUCUCAAGUCCGUGGACUUGGAGGGCUGACUGUGUUUUAAAAAUAUUUUCAAGCUGUGGAUGCUUAAUUCGUGGAUAAAAAAAUCUGUGGCUAUGGAGGCCUGACUGUUUUGUAGAAUGACAGAGUUGGAAGAGACCACAAG